AAAAGUAUGUUGACUUUUCCAGCUUAAACAUUGGCUUAAACUACUGAACCGAAUUUAAUGAAAUUUAGUUAAAUGUAGAGAUAGAGACCCAGGGAAAAAAUAUAGUUGUAAGGAUAGUUCUUCUUGUUUGAAAUCUUUUAUAACACAACGCUUUGCAUAUAGCUUACGAUUCGAAAUCGUGUAAUAUUAUUAAACUUUUUAGUACUAAGUAAAACCAUGAAAAACAUUCAUUUGUUGAAAUAAGUGACACAUGACAAUAAUUGACUUUGAUUUAUUUCACAAGUUACAAACAACUUGCAAAUAUAGUUUACUAAAAUGAACACUCAGGAAAAUCCAACUAAGCUUUCAGUUUCUUUAUCAAAUUUAUUUAAACUAGGCAUUUUCGAGACAUUGUAUGCUAAAAGUAAUUCUAAUCCAGACUCAAAAUGUAAUUCUCCAAGAGAUCCUGUGGACAGGAGAGCGGGGGGUGACUCCCAGGUUCCUCAGAAAUGUGCGUGCACUGUACCCGACAGCACAAAGUGCACAGCUGGUGACCGGGGCAAGACAGGCGCCGGGGUGACUGGCUCUCGCACAGGCCGAGUGAGCGACAAAGAUCCCGAGGACCUACCAGCCGGGGCAUCUAACCCUGGUCUCUUGAGAUACAUCCACAACGCUGCACGAUAUAGAUUGCCGCAAUGUUUCGAAGGCGCUUGCGUUUCGGUUAAACAGAAUUCUAAAAACAAUUGGAUUUUGGGUCAUUCGUUGUCGUUCAGUUCCGUGUCACCGGGAGGGUACAAGCUGCUGCUGUCCUACGUGGACAAGAGUAAGCCGAAAGGGCUGCCUUACUUCGUGAUGGAAGCGGCUCCGGGUGGGCAGAUGAGUUGCGAGGUGCGCGUAGGGCCCACGCAAGGCACGCGAGCCACGGUAGUGGCGCAGAUUGCCGAUGCCGAGUUCUAUAGUUUUGAGAGCAUCUUUGAUGCGUAUUUCAACAGUUUUACGGCUUCUAUUAUAGCUGUUAAUCGUGAAUUUAUAGCUCUACAUUUUCUUCAGGCAAUCACGGACCAGAUAUCGCUUGGCGCGGAGGUGGUGGCCCGCGGGCACGCGGUGGAGCUGAGCUCUGCGUCGGGCGCGGGCCGCUGGGCCACCGAGGACCAGUCGCUGAGCGCCACGCUCGGCAACCGCGGCCUGGACCUGUGCUACGCGCGGGCUCUCAAGCCUUAUCUCACAGUUGCUGCUAUGCUCGAGGUGGGUUUCGCGAUCCGUCGUGCAGUGGCCACGCUAGCCUACGAGUGGCGAUCAGAUGAGUGGACGGUGCGUGGCUCAGCCGACUCGGACGGCUUGGUGGGCGCCACGCUGCAGCGCGCUCUGGGCGGAAAGCGCGCCCAACUGGCCUGUGCCAUCUCUGCCCUGCUCAACCACCCCAACGACAAGUUCCGACUCGGCUUUGGAAUCACCGCUGCUAUUAUUUAACUUCAACGUAUCGUAUCAGGAGACCCAGUGUGGGUUAAGGAGAUUGUGCGAGACCAUCCUGAACAACAAAGAACGCUUAGGAAAGGCAAAAGGCAAAGAACGCUACGCAAUACCGAGCUACCAAACCAAGAAUUACCGUGAAGCGUAUAGUCAGUCACCCAAGUAAUUAAUACUUUCCAACUAAAAGUAAAACGCAUAUCAAACAAAAUCCACUAUUGAUCCCGAGCCGACGGAUUCGCCGCAAUGUUGUUAAGAGCUUUAAGCUCUACCUACAUUUAUUAAUUCUGAAAUUUCUAAUACUUCUACUCUAAUAGGUACUUCUCGAAACGAGAAAACCACGUAAAACUUAACUUCACAAUAACAUUUGAGUAAAUAACAAAAUAUAUUUUCUACGAACUUGCAAAUCUUGCAACCAUGCAGUUUACCUGCGUUUUUGAGUAAGUAGUCAUUUAGGACAUUUUGUUCUGAGAACUAUGUUUUAAUGUUAUUCAUAAUUGUAUGUCAUUUAGAUUGUAUUGCUUGUUAAUUUUAUUUAUAUUAGAUAGUUGUAGUUUAUAAUAUCAUGCGCUUAUUGUGUACGGACGCUUGUGCUACGUAAAAUAAAUUGUAUUACACUUACCCUUUGUUUUAUCACUGAACUUCCCUUAACGCUUAUCACAAUCACUCACUUAUCCCGCAAAUUGUCCGGCAUUUGCACUGCGAGUCUCACACGACCGACGGAGAGGACUAUAUUAAAAAUUCAUCUGCUGUAUAACGAUAAUGUAGGCGUGUAUUAUGCUCCGACGGCCAGCUCGGCUCCGUCUGCUGCGUGCAGUAGGGCGGGCGCCUGCGCGACUUCUGGGCGGGGCGUGCACCGCCGCCUUUGAGGGUGCGAUGUUGGAAUGUUGAC